UCUCCUAUGCAAGAUAUUACAAAUAAUAAUAAUGAUAAUGCACAAGAUUCUAAUACUUCAGCUUCUACGAUUAAUGUAUUGUUAUCAAAAAAUAAUGGUGUUGAAAAUACUCCCAAGCAAGAUGAUACUAUCGAAAACAAUGCACAAGACUCUAGUACCUUGAAUAAUACAU